ACUUGCAGUCGAAAAUGAAGUACGCACUUCUGUGGAUAAGUUCCCUUGCUCUGGCGUACUGUGCUACGCAUGCGCCAAGUACAACGAUGGAUCCCACGGAGAUGCGAAUGAAAUAUCUAGAAAACAGUGUCGAAACCUUGGCCCGCCAGACGAUGCUGCAACAACUAUUUGUAGAUGAAAGAACUCGUUCCGACGGAGAUUCGGGUAUCAAACAGGUACGACUAACUCACAAAGGAACACGGUCGUUCCUUUCUGAUACAGCUGGACAAGAUGCUGUUAACGGCAUACACGAUCACAGUAACUAUAAGUCCCUCGUUGGAAUGGGUGAGGUGGAGGCUGUCAUGAACGGGGUAGAGUUCCGCACUAGACAUAAUGAUUUCGAGUUGAGAAUGCCAAGCAAAACAAAUCAGAACUACCAUGCAACAGAGAAAAUCCCUUUCCCAGCAGUCCCUCCGUCAGUUUUGAGUAAACAUACAGUUGCAGAGCAGAUUACAGAAAUGCAGAACUACUUCAAGGCCUGGAAGUACCAGGACCAUCGUCUGAGGGACUACAGGCCGUACUUCAAAGCUGUACUGUGCUACAUGGAGGCAGCGUGGACGAAGGAUACCAAAACAGCCAAGGACGAGUUCCCUAAUGACCGACAUACCAUGGUCUCUGAAGAUUGGUCCGACAUUGAACAAAAGAAUCGAUUUUAUGCCUAUGCUGGUGGUAGAGAUCUGUCUGAGAAUUUGGUGUUCCUUCCGAGAACUAUAAUGAAUGUUAAAAAUGGAACUGUGGAGUACUCUCAGUGGAACUACAGAAUCCUUUGCCAUCCUCUUAAUAAAGAUGUCCCUUUGAAAGUCUUUGAACCAAUAGAUGAUUUGGCUACCAGACUUUCCAAGAAAUACGACAUAAGACAGAUUGCCAAAACCAAAGCCGCCAGGUUUAACCUAGCAACCUACGAGCGCCAUGGACACUACGAUCCUGAUCUCGGGUACGGAUGGAUUAACGACGUGGCAUACAGCUCGUCUCUUCUUGAUGAUUACAUGAUGCAAAUCCCAGGUAAAAACAACUACCCUGGCAACCUGAUCGAGGAUACGUUUGGGAUGAAAAUGUUCCACCCGACCAUCAGAGGCAAGGUGCUGAACACCGGGUAUUACCAUCGACGAUAUAAAUACGACAGGGCAGGAGCUAUGGGUACCACUACAGCCAAUAGAGGAUACACUGAUGCACAUAUGUGGGCGGCUCAGACCAACAGUGACCAUAUCUCAAACAUAGAGAUCACCGAUUGUCAGAAAGUAAAUAACAAGAGGGUUUGUAAACAGUACCAUCCCAAGUACUCUUAUGCCAUUCCGCUAGAGAUUAUUUACAUGACGCCACUAUUGUCCUGGAAUCCAUAUAACCUUAAUUUCCACGGAGAUGCAAGAGGUGAUGCCUAUGUGACGGCAGGGGGUCGUCAUGGCGGAUUUAAUGCGUCCACCGCUUUUACCGGAAUCAGCGAAAAGAACUUCUACAUGACUCCAAAGGAAUUCUUCGGAGAGAUUGGGCAUCCUGUUUACAAGGAAGCUGAAGAGAGCGCUGUCGGUGUUUUGGAUCAUCACCAUAAUGUUCAAAAGGUCUUGCCAUCCGGAACACGCGUAUUUCUACCAAGUAUUCCUGGUGUGGGUCGCUUGCGCACAAGAUAUCCAAUUGCACCGUUGUUCAGAGAGGGAUCCAGUGUUUAUAAAGAACUGGAUGCAUUGAAAGAACUCGUCAACUUUAUCGACUCCCAUUCGAAUCUCUUGCAGGAUCCUCCAUCACUAGUUGGCAAGGUCCCCCAACUUCAACCCGAUGCACACUUCCGAACGACGCUAGCCACCAAAGAUCCACCUGGCAGACAUUAUCACGAACUCUUCAUCGAACACGCUGACUACGAGCGCGCGUUGCGCCAUGAGAAAAUCACAGUGGAGACGACACAGGAGAGUUCCCACACUCACAUGGUGGAGAUUACAUACGACUCCCACAGCCACCAUUGGGUCAUCACUCAGUGUGACGGGGAACAGCACUGCUGGGACGGACACUCCAACAUGUUGACCAAAAUUGACUAGAUUUUAUCAGAAUAAAAUAUCAAAUAAA